AUGUCACAGAUGAGAGUGAUGGUUGAAGCGAAGCAGUGCAUUAAUUUAAAACUGAAGGAGAAGAAGGAAGUUUUCUCGUACAUAAAUUACUACGCAGAGCACCAAAUUGUAAACGAAAAGCCUUCUCAACGCGAUCAAAUGUUGAACAGCCAAGAAAAGGUUCGUAAAAUGUUAGAUGUUCAACGAUAUGAUACGAAUACGAUCCAAACAAGCUCAGGAAUGCAUCAAAUUGCAAUAAAAUUCAAUUUUCUGUCUUCUUUUUUUUAUUCACUUCUUACUCUGUUUUUUCUAUUUAAAGCAACACCAAAAAAAAAGAAAGAAAAACAUUCGAGUCGAGGGAAAACAUCUUCCGCUUAA